AAAUACUAUCAAGUGUUUAUCGGUCUAAACAUGUUUCAACCACGCUUUUCUUCGAUUAAGAAACUUGCCAAGAAAGUUACGCGUAGAGGAAUACACCUAAACCGCGAGAAGUUUUAUGCUAAAGAAAAAAGAUUGUUAAGAUACCAUGUUGAAGACCGCAUGUCCAACACCACCACUGCUGCUGCUGCCACCCCGAGAGGGUUUUUGGCGGUUUAUGUAGGUGAAGAAAGACAACGGUUUGUGGUUCCAACGAGUUCCUUAUCUCACCCGUUAUUCAAGAUUUUGUUAGCCAAGGCAGGUGAAGAGUUUGGGUACGAGCAAAAGAACGGGUUGGCGGUUCCAUGCAGCGUUGCGGCUUUUCAAGAGGUUGUCACGGUGAUAAAAUGUUGUCGAGGCAUGUUUGAUUUCCAACAUUUGGUCCCAGAGUUUAUUAGUUAGAGGAAUUGUUUUUUUGUUGUAGAGGCAUGUUUGAUUUUCAUUUAAAAUUUUUGUCAAUAAAGCCCUAUAAUCAAGAACAAUUAUAUAAUUGCAAAUGGUAUUCUCUAUUAA